AACUAACAGAAUACGUAGAUACUAACGAGUUCCCCUGCUCCUCAGACAACACUCCAGUCUGCCACUUUAGACGAACCGCGAUUGUUGAGUCGAAAGGACAUCCGGUCAGGCGUUCAUGGAGAGAAAGCGCCAGCGAGUGUUCGUGCUGCUGCUCGACGCAGCUUCCAUAUGCAGGUGAUUCUGCUCUUUCCGUAGCUACUGUUGCAAAAUGUCCUCUAUAACUCCCCCCAACAAAGGACUGGAAUUGUUCCUCAAUCACUGCAACACUACUUCUGAUUUGAAAGACAAACUGCUUUACAGCUUAUCCUUCCAAAGUCAUCCUUUCACGAACUUGGCAUUUGAAAGAUAACAAUCGAUAAAGAUGCAUCUUAUAGGUCCCGCAUUCAGCUGCCUUAUGCUGGUGGUCAGCGUCAAGGCCCAAUAUGAGAAGCUAUUCACAAGCGGGCCAGCUUUUGUCAACUUCCCGUACCCCACGAUUCCUCUCAGUUGUUCCGAGAUUGGCCCAUCGGGCUCGCCUCUGAAUGUUGACCAUAUGGAAGAGGGAGCAGGAUUCUUUCCAGCUCUGGAAUGGCCUUCUCCCGCCGGAAAUAUCCGAGAAUACCUCCUUGUGGCCGAGGACCCUGAUGCUCCUCUUCCCCAUUCGGUCAUCCACGGGCUAUAUUACGGAAUCCCACGCGUUUUCACCGGACUCCAGCAUGACGACUUCCAAGUGAGCAGAACCCACAAUGACUCGUAUAUGCUCGAAGACGGAUUCAAGUACGGGAAGAACAGACGCAAUACUGUGUAUCUUCCGCCCAAGUCAAUCCCGGAAGAUGGUCCCCAUCGUUAUUUCUUCGAGCUCAUCGCUCUGAGUGCACCGAUUGAUCGAAGCAGGCUGAGCGACAGGGCGACCCUGAGGGAGAUUGCCGAUGCCAUCUAUGGCAGGGUUGUCGGAUGGGGUGCCUGGGUGGGCAUUGUCAACAAUAACCGUAUUUCGAUUGUGAGAAAUGGUUCAUAGAGUGUCUGGUUUUGCUGUGUUUCGAGAUUCCCGGACAACAUGCUCCUGUAUUGACGAUUGGCAGUGACAGCACAUAUUACUGGCUUUGUCCUUGAAGCCGUUCUAUGUCUGUCCGCUUUCCAUAGUUUCUUUUUGUCAAGUCACAUUCUAUUGUUAGACCAAUCAAUCCGAAAGUCUAGCAAAAUCAAGAAC